AUGACGGCUUUUACACCAACUGCUCUACAGUAUUCAUCCACAUCAUAUUUACAAUCUUGGGUGCCAUCUAUAGAAGGAACUCGUGAUCAUAAUUCAUGGUGUGUCAGAGUGAGAUCGUACAAACUCACUUCUCAAAGAUUUCAACAACAGAACAUUGCAAGAGGACUAACAAUCCAGUGUGCAGCCACAAAACAAGCGAAAUCACCAGCUGAAGAAGAGUGGAAGGUUAAGCGAGAAUUACUGCUGCAAAAAAGGGUAAAAAGUGUGGAACCAAAGGAAGCUCUGCGCCUUCAGAAAGAAAAUAAUUUUGUGAUUCUUGAUGUAAGGCCAGAAGCAGAGUUCAAGGAGGCUCAUCCCGCAGAUGCAAUUAAUGUGCAAAUAUACAGGCUUAUAAAAGAGUGGACAGCUUGGGACAUUGCCAGACGUGCUGCAUUUGCAUUUUUUGGUAUUUUCUCUGGAACAGAAGAGAACCCCGAGUUUAUCAAGUCUGUUGAGGAUAAAUUAGAUAAAAAUGCAAAGAUAAUAAUAGCUUGCUCGGCAGGUGGAACAAUGAAACCAACACAAAAUCUGCCAGAAGGUCAACAAUCUAGGUCUCUAAUAGCAGCUUACUUGUUGGUCCUAAAUGGUUACACCAAUGUCUUCCAUCUAGAAGGUGGGCUUUACAGGUGGUUUAAAGAGGAUCUACCAACUGUUUCAGAGGAGUGA